AUGGCCUCUGCAACAAACACUGCUCCUGUGGAGCGACUCCAGAGAGUCGAUGCGCAGCCGGAGAACCCCUACGCCUCCUUGAUUGAUGAGCAAAACAUUGCCAUCAUCCCAUCUUUCACACUCGAGUCUGGUGUUACCCUGUACAAUGUCCCUGUUGCAUACACUACACGCGGUGUUUUGAACUCCAAGGGUGACAAUGCUCUGGUCAUCUGUCACGCAUUGAGCGGCAGUGCCGAUGUCGCCGAUUGGUGGGGCCCUCUUCUGGGUGGCCCUGGUCAAGCAUUCGAUGUGUCACGGUUCUUUGUCAUCUGUCUGAACAGCUUGGGCAGUCCAUAUGGAAGCGCCAGCGCUGUCACAUAUAAGGAUGGUAAGCCUGAGAAUGGUUACUAUGGACCAGAGUUCCCCUUGACCACUGUUCGCGAUGACGUGAAUAUUCACAAGAUCGUCCUGGACGACUUGGGUAUCAAGCAGAUUGCCGCCGUUGUCGGAGGUUCCAUGGGUGGUAUGCUCACCCUGGAAUAUGCCUUCUUUGGCAAGGAUUAUGUCCGGGCUAUUGUGCCAAUUGCGACUUCCGCACGCCAUUCGGCGUGGUGCAUUAGCUGGGGUGAAGCCCAAAGACAGAGUAUCUACUCUGACCCCAAGUAUGAUGAUGGAUAUUAUACCUUUGAGGAUCCCCCUGCCACCGGCCUUGGAGCAGCCCGCAUGUCGGCACUCCUCACAUACCGUAGCCGUGACUCUUUCGAGUCGCGCUUUGGUCGUAACGUGCCGGACCCAUCCAAGCGGGUGAACAUUAACGGCGGUGAAAAGCUACCCACCCCUCCUAACGAGCACUGGGCCAUCCACAAUGAUGGACACCGGACCGGUCCGACAUCCCGUUCUAACAGCCGGCAGAACUCGCCAGUCCCACAGACCCAGACGGAGGUUCAGUUCAUGGACCCUCAGUUCUCGGGCACUAAAACUUUCUCCCCGGAGACUCCGGUCAAGACCGAUGCUACUGGUCGCCCACGCCCACCCACUUACUUCUCCGCGCAGUCUUACUUGCGCUACCAGGGAGAUAAGUUUGUCAAGCGGUUUGAUGCCAAUUGCUACAUUGCUAUGACUCGAAAACUCGACACUCACGAUGUGUCCCGCCACCGUGCCAGCGCAGAGUCAGAGAACCGUGUUCUUGAGGCACUGUCGCAGAUUGAGCAGCCUGCUUUGGUACUGGGUAUUGAAUCUGACGGCCUGUUCACAUUUGCUGAGCAACAGGAGGUUGCGGCGGGAAUUCCGGAUUCUCGCCUCAAACGCAUCGACAGCCCGGAGGGCCACGAUGCCUUCCUCUUGCAGUUCGAGCAGGUCAACCGUCAUAUCGUGGAGUUCUUCCAUGAGGUUCUGCCCGAUAUCAUGGCCCACACCAGUGCGGAGGGUGCGGCUGCCGUCGCGAGCGUCACCAAGCUCACCAAGAGCAGCAAAUUCGGUGAGGCUGAGGUGGAGGACAUUACCGCAUGGUAA